UGUAUGAGCUCGCUUCUGCCAUUUAUCUCCAAGGGUUGGUAUAAUCGUUUCUUUUGCUGAAACAGGCUCACGCGAUUGUUUGUUAUCUCUUUUUUCAAUAAACAGUCAGUUAUGGAAAGCUACAUUGAACAGAGUAAGUUCAAAAAGAAAUUCAAUAGCCUAGAUGAUAGCCAAGAUAUGAUACAAAAUGCUGCCCGAUGGAUACUUAGUAACAGUACUGCCAGCAGCUGUUCAGAAAUUGUAUCCCUCUGGCUCGAAUCUUUCGGAGACGCGAUCAGUGACAAAAAACGAUUAAAUAUGCUCUUUGUUGCUAAUGACGUCAUUCAAAAUUCCAAGCGACACAAAAUUCCACAAUUCGUGACUGAGUUUGCCAAAGUUCUCAACCAAGCAUUCUCUGUCUGUCGUAAAAGCACCCUCUGUUCAAGCCUUGGACAUAUUGUUGAUAUUUGGGAAGAUCGCGGCGUUUACAGGCGAGAGUUUUGCGCGGGUUUGAGGGGAAUAAUUGGCUACAACAGAUAUGAGAUUGAUUCAAAAUCGAAAAAAAGGAAAAAAUUAAUAAGCAAGCCAGUUAUGCAAGUCAGGCCGAUGCCCAAAAAAGUGUCUUCUGACGAAGCGGACGGUGUCAAAUUUUUGCGUGAUAUCUUUUUCGAAUUGCCAACGACCACCGCUGUGUUAAAAAAAUGCUCAAAACGUAAAAAGCAGUUGACAAAACAACAUAUCAGAAUCACUACAGCCAGUAACCUGAUUGAUCGAUUAACAUCAUACGGAGCGUCGAAUGAUACGGUUAAGCAACUAUUCAAAACAGCUGAUGACAUGAAAUGUCAAAUUGAGCUCUCAGAAAAAAACAUGGAGCAAGUUGUUAAAACAUUGGCUAAAAAAAUUAAAUAUGAUAGUUACGCAAUUAAAUGUUUGAGCAGAGCAGAUUUUUAUUUCAAAGAUCAAUAUCAAAAAAGAAAAGCGCUGAAAUUGUUUGUCGCGAAAUCAUCAAUCACACCUUUAAAGCUACAAGUUUGGGCAAAGGCUAAGAAAGCUAUGUUAAACUCGCAAUAUUCAUACCCAAUGGUGUUUAAUACCGAUAAAACUAAAGGUUUUUCGUCGAAAAACGAUUCGAAUGUUUACAUGGAAUCUGUAUCCGACUCUUCAGAGACUGAAGAAGAAUAUUCACCUCCUAGGAUAGAUGCAAUGUGCUCUCCUCCGCCUUUGUCCCGAGGCAUAACUAUACCAAACGAUUCUUCGACCAUAGAUGUGACUCCAAAAGGCGACGUGAGAGAUGAUAUGGUAGCUUACGAUAUAGAAAGUUACGGGACACCAUUGUCAUCUUGCAACGAAGGCUUCUCGUCGAUGCGAAAAACAUUUAUGACAGCAAUGCAAAUUCCGGAGCGGAAAGACGUAGUUUCUUGUGUUAUCUCCUCGGUAGCAUGUGCCAACACGGAUACGUUUUUCAAGAGCAAAAGUCCAUCUGCGGUCCAGGCAGUGGAUUGCACGACUCCAGUUAAACAGAUGUUCUCAAUCCCCAAAUUACCAAAAGCUCUACUCUCACCUUCACAGCCAGUCAACCCAUUUAUCAAUCAGGCAAUGUCUGCUUUCAUUUUGCCUGGUAUUGCAGGGAAGCAGUCGCUAUCCAACUCACCGAUCAUGCCAACUGCGCCUCCAAUUCCUUUUCCACCACCUUCAACUUUUCACCCCUCCCAAUUCCCUAUUAAUUUCCUAACCCCACCGCCAAUACAGUCAGCUGUUAACCCUUUUGCGACCGAUGCGAUAUCACUCCCGCCUAAUUUGAAACAAGCAGAUAUAAUGAGUGAUUCGGAGAACCACAUGGUAAACAUCAAUGCAGAUGUUCAUGCUGCUCUCAAUUCUCUACUUUCUUCGAAUACAUCUGAUCUAACCCAAGUUUAACGACGAUUAACAAUACACUAACUCUUCAAUGCGGUCCCCUUCUUUCUCAGCUGCGAGACCAACCAGAUGCAGACAAAGCUGAAGUAGUUAACUCAAAACUCCUUUAUUGUCUAAUAGAUAUAAACUUUCGGCGUUGUUUGUUUUACAAUUAACUAGAAAAUAUUUAUAUUGGUCGAUAAAGCAAGUGGAAAUCAAUAAGGA